ACUAUCUCCACCUGACCAUACUUGUUUUUUAAAUUGGAAAAAGGGUGCAACAAGCAUGGAAGCCGAUGCCAUUGCCGAUGGAUUUAAACAAAGUUUGGAAAUGCAUGGACUCAAAUAUAACAAACUAAUAGGAGAUGGAGAUUCUAGCGUUUCAAAAAGGCUAUCUGAAAUCAUGCCUUAUGGACCUAGACUACUCGUAAAAAAAAUAGAAUGUCGUAAUCAUUUAUUGCGAAAUUAUGGUACAAAAUUAGCAGCUAUGACAGCAAACACGAAGUAUCCAAUUUUGUUAAGAAAACAUGUAAAAGCCAAUGCAUUACGUUUUAGAUUUUCAAUAACUAAGGCAAUUGAAUAUCGUAAUAGUUUACAAGGUCAAUCAGAUUACGAAAAAGAAGUUGGAUUACGGAAAGAUAUAAGUAAUAGUUUUCGUCACAUUUUGGGUAGCCAUGAUCGAUGUGAGCCAUAUUUUUGCAAGGGCACAAUACCAAAUGAAAAAAAUAUGAUUUUAGAAGCUGAAAGAUCGGGAUUCUUAACUGAUAUAUCUCAAAUAAUAUCUCGUUUAGUCGUCAAUGUUGAUAGUUUACUUAUGAAUGUUGACAACAACGUGUGUGAACAAUUCAAUAGUGUAAUUAAUAAACAUUUAGCGGGUAAAUGAAUAAAUUACUCACAAAGAAAUUCAUACAAUUCACGAGUUGAAGCUGCGGUUAUAUCAUAUAAUUCAAGUGGACAAUUUCUUCGUUUAAUGCAUACAAAUAUACAAAAUGAUAUAAGCCCAGGUAUAAUAGGAAAGAAAUUCCUUACAUCCAAUAAAAAAAAAAAGAAACCAAUCUAAAAAACGUAUUUUUCCUACAAGUAUACAGAAAAAGAGUAAUGUUGGCCCGGAUCAACAUUAUGGUUUAGCCGAACCAUUACCCGAAG